AUGGCUGGCCAAGAUGCCGCCAUGGAGGAGAUCCUCUGGCGGUCUCCCCCGCACGUCCAAAUGAUGGGCGGAUUCUUGCACUCCAACAAUAUCCUUUUCUAUUUCGCCGAAUCUCCCUUCUUUGAUCCUACCUCGAACAAUGCCUCUCUCGCCAUCCAAGCAAGCUACAACGAAGCCUUCCGUCACUUCAUCGAGACGCGCGAAGCAUUCGAAGACCGGUUGAAGACGAUGCAGGGUCUCGAAUUUGUCGUCAGCUACGAUCCCUUACAGGCAGCGGCGCAGGCCGACGGUCGCUUCGCUCACGAGCCGUCAAAUGUCUGGGUCAUUCGAAAGCAGAACCGGCGGAAGCGCGGUGGAAUGGACGACGAAGUGACCAUCGUUUCGACAUACUUUGUUGUUGGCGACUGUAUCUACAUGGCACCGUCAAUUUCCAGUGUGGUCGGCAAUCGAAUUCUCUCAGCCGUCACGUCUCUAUCGCGAUUCAUGAAAACCGCAUCAACCCUCCCGAAUUUCACGUCCUCGCACGGACACACCUACAUGCCACCGACAACCCGCACCGCCGAACCUGGUCAGCAAGCUUCUCAGCAAAGCAAGGAAAACACACCCAUGCCGGACAUGCCAUCUCAAACACAAUCGAGUACCGAGGCACAAGGCUCUAGCAAGACUGGUCUCGGAAAUUCGAAUUCCAGUACCAGCUACCAAGAUACUCGCAGCCUUGCCGAUGCAUUUAGCCUUUUCACCCGUUAUGGCGACGAGUUCAUGGACGAGACUCCCUUGCAGGGCGAACCUGGCUCGUUCAUUUUGUCCAGAAAUGGAAGCGAUAACGAUCGUGCUGCAGCGAAGCCUGCGCCAAAGGCAGCACCGGGUCCAGCCACCGCUAACACGCCCUCUGUACCGGGGCGUGUGUCGACACCGCAGGUCCGGGUCGACACUCCUGGAAAGGCUUCGGACAAGAGUAAUUCGCCGCCUAGCUCGGGGGAGAACAAGGGAAAGCGGAAGAAGAGUCGAGUUGCGAGUUAA